UCGUAGCGACAGUGUAUGAGCGACUUUUGUUUUGAACGUUGUGAUUCAUUUGCGCCUUUAUUGGUGAAAUUAGUAUAUCACUAACAUCGUGUGUUAUCAUUUCGCGUAGUACACAAAGUAAAACAGUCACUCGUUCAUAUUUUUUAUUCAACAAGUACAACUUUGCAUCGAAUCGAAGCAAUACUGCCCUGUGUGUAACAUAACCUAAAAUUCGACUACUUGUGUGUUUCAAGUAAUCCAGGGGUCGUGAUGUCUUUUGUGUGUUUCUGGACUCAACAAACUGAAUGGUUUUAUAUAAUUGUGCUGUGAUUAAAAUUGUUGUGCUGUGAAAUUACCCGCUAAAGUGUUACGCAAGUUUCGUAGACAGUAAAUUCCCAAGAAUAAGGAAAGUGAAUUUGUUGGAGAUUUCAGAGAGAGAAUCACGGGAAAUAAGAAUUUAGGGCCCAUGACGUGAAGUUCGGUGUCGGCCGCUUACACUAUGAAGCGGCAGCUUCUUAUAUUCCUGUUGACUUUGGCGUUAGCCUCUGCGUCAAGCGUGAUAGUGAGAACGUUCAGUGAUAACGAAGUUGAACGUUUCAAUCAUUUGGUUGUCGAUAAAAAUACCGGCCGAGUUUACAUAGGAGCUGUCAAUCGUCUGUACCAACUUUCCCCCGCUUUGGAUUUGGUAAUCGCCGAAAAGACUGGUCCCGAAUAUGACGCGUUUGAGUGUUCAGCGUCAGAAUGUUCGGCCGGCGUCCAGAAAAAAUUGACCGAUAAUGUGAACAAAGCUCUUGUUAUCGAUUAUACCACGACGAGAUUGAUAGCAUGCGGAAGUCUGUUCCAGGGUAUCUGUUCGGUCAGAAAUUUGCAUAACAUUUCGGAUGGUACUCAAGAAGUGCGAGAAGCUGUUGUAGCUAAUAAUGCAACGGCUUCGACGGUAGCAUUUAUUGCCCCAGGGCCACCCAACCCUCCAGUCACGCAGGUCAUGUAUGUGGGGGUGACUUACACAGUACCUGAGGGUUUCGGAACGUCCGGAUCUUCUUAUCGUUCCGAAAUCCCAGCGGUUAGCAGUAGGUCAUUGGAUAAGGAUAAGAUGUUUCAAAUCGCACAAAUGGCUGUAACCACUGGAACGCGAAUGUUUGUAAAUUCAUUAGCUCGCGAACGGUACCUCAUUAAUUACGUUUACGGUUUUAGUUCGGAAGGUUUUAGUUAUUUCUUGACCACUCAAAUGAAACACAGUAUUUCGAGCCAGUAUGUUAGUAAAUUGGUGCGGGUUUGUCAGGACGAUGAAAAUUAUUACUCGUAUACCGAAAUACCGAUCGAUUGUACCAGUGACCUGCAAGGGGGUAGGAAUUAUAACUUAGUGCAAGCCGCAUACGUUGCCAAACCAGGUUCGGACUUAGCCAGUGAUCUUGGCAUCACUGCCCAAGAUGACGUUUUGUAUGCUGUAUUUAGUGAAAGUGAUCCUAGUCAUUCCAAUCAACCCUCUGACCUUUCUGCUCUGUGCGUCUACUCACUCAAAGCCAUUCGAAGAAAGUUUAUGCAAAACAUACGAAAUUGUUUCAAUGGUUCUGGACAACGGGGCCUCGAUUUCAUCUCCACCAGUUACGCCUGUGUACCUACGGUAAGUUGCCUUUUUUUCCAUAUCACCAUCUCCUUAUAG